GUGUUCUUCCGUUCGACUACCUACGGAUUAUCCUCGUCUUUACGGGAUGCCGGUUGACUGAAGAUGGCCUCGCCGACACUCUCGCUGGAAUCGCGCGCGAAUUCCAUCGGGUCCCUGGCCUCGCUGUCUCCGCUUACAGUGAGCGGCAGUUCUCCGCCUGCAAGCGACUCGGCGAUCUGCGACGUCGACAGCUGCGAUCUCUGCCUCGACUCACAGAAACCUGGGGAGGCGCCCUGCCCGCGGUGCCGUUUAGGAGGCGCCGGCGGCGUUCGCUGCACCGGCUGUAAAUCCAUCGAAUCCGACGCUGUUGCACGUUGUUUCGACUGCGCAAACUUCCUUUGUCCUAAUUGCGUGAUGGCUCAUCAGUUCAUGCACUGCUUCGAGGGUCAUCGAGUGCUCAAUCUGGGGGACUCGAAGCUGGAAACAGUGACCAGUACAGCGAGCACUGAGAUACCGAAGAAUAAUCUGAUGAUCAACGGGGGUGGUAACGGAAACGGGGAGAAAGUACCGUAUUGUCCACGACACAAACAGGAGCUGCUCAAAUAUUUUUGUCGCACCUGCACCGGUUUGGUGUGCAAAGAGUGCACGAUCACCGAUCAUCCGGCACCGUUACACGAUUGCGCGCACAUUUCCGAGGUCGGCACGCAACAGCUCGAGGCGAUGGCAAGAGUGGUUCAGGAGUGCAGAGCCAAAGCGGCGGACGUCCGAGCCGCUGUGAAGGCAGCGGAUCACGGGGCUGCCCGGUUACAGGUGCAGUAUCACAAAGCCCAGAACGAGAUCAACGACACGUUUCAGUUCUACCGAUCGAUGCUCGAGGAACGGAAGCAAGAACUAUUGAAGGAGCUCGAAUCUGUGUUCUCCACCAAACAGAUAUCUCUUGGGGUGCUGACGCAAAAAGCGAACGAGAUGGCCGAUAAGAUACUCCAGACGUGCGAGUGCGUCGAACGAUUGACCAAAUACACCACCAUCACCGAGGUACUGAUGGUCAAGAAGCUUCUCGACUCGAAGCUCCAGUUACUAUUGAACUACACGCCGGAUAUCAGUAGCCAAACCGUCGAUCUAGAGUUUGUCAGCAACUAUCAAGCCAUCCAAGUGGGCGUACGAAACACAUUCGGUUAUGUACGAAGCAACAACGAGAGCAACGCCGGACCGAUCGGCAAGCAACCGCCUAUCGCACGACCGACAGCGCUCUCCAGCAACGGUAAUAACGGAAGCAACUCCAGCAAUGGACCUAACAGCGCUGGAUCCCUGGGCGGUCUGCUUUUGGACCGACCGUAUAGCAACGGCCUGAUACCUUCUACCUCAACCUGCGCCUCGUCCACAUCACCGUCGUCGUUCGAUACAAACAGCAGCGUGAUCACGAAACGUUUCAGCUCCGCGAACAGCCUGGGCCCGUUCUCGACGGCGAUCAGUGAUCUAAACUUGAACGGCAUCAACGCGAAUCCUUACGAGAAAUGGAGCAACGGUGGCAGCGACGCUUACCCCGUGGUCACCACGAACGAUCAUUUCUCGAUGCCGACGUCCGUCGCCGCCGUGGCUAACGCCGGUUCCGGCGACUCUGUGCUCGACUUAACAUCCAAGCUGAUGUCCGCUGCCGCGAUAUUCCCGCCGAAAUCACAGAUCAAACGACAAAAAAUGAUCUACCACUGUAAAUUCGGUGAAUUCGGCGUCAUGGAGGGUCAGUUCACCGAGCCGUCCGGUGUCGCGGUGAACGCGCAGAACGAUAUUAUCGUCGCAGAUACAAACAAUCAUCGUAUCCAGAUCUUCGACAAGGAGGGAAGGUUUAAGUUCCAGUUCGGCGAGUGCGGCAAACGCGACGGUCAGCUUCUCUAUCCGAACCGUGUCGCCGUGGUGAAAACAUCAGGCGAUAUAAUCGUCACCGAACGGUCCCCCACCCAUCAGAUACAGAUCUACAAUCAGUACGGUCAGUUCGUGCGUAAAUUCGGGGCAAACAUCCUCCAACAUCCCCGCGGCGUCACCGUAGACUCGAAAGGCCGUAUCGUCGUGGUCGAGUGCAAAGUGAUGCGCGUGAUCAUCUUCGACCAAGCUGGCAACGUCCUACAGAAGUUCGGUUGCUCGAAGCAUCUCGAGUUUCCGAACGGUGUGGUCGUGAACGACAAACAGGAGAUCUUCAUCAGCGACAAUCGUGCCCAUUGCGUGAAGGUGUUCAAUUACGACGGCGCAUAUCUACGGCAGAUCGGCGGAGAGGGGAUCACGAACUACCCGAUCGGUGUCGGGAUCAACGCGAUCGGCGAGAUACUGAUCGCCGACAAUCACAAUAACUUUAAUCUGACGAUAUUCACGCAGGACGGACAACUGGUAUCGGCGUUGGAGAGCAAGGUGAAGCACGCGCAGUGCUUCGACGUCGCGUUGAUGGACGACGGUUCGGGCGUGUUGGCCAGCAAGGAUUACCGGCUCUACAUUUAUCGUUACGUACAAGUACCACCGAUCGGCAUGUAGACCAACGACACACAGCGACGCCGGCAAUGAUCGUCGACCCAGAAUUGUGGUCGUCGCGUUCUCAUCGUUGUCGUUGUUGCUCGUUUUUUGCCGGGAUUGUUUUACGACGGCCACGCACGGCCGGGAUCUCAUCGAUCUAAUAAGUGUUUUUUUUUUCAAUUUUUUU